GGCUUCCGAGCCCGGAAGCUGGAGAAUCGUGGAAAAAAAACAAAUAGAUUGUGGUCAUAACAUCACUUGACCAAAUCCUUGGCCAAAGGAAGACGGCUACAUAAAGAUGUCCGGAGACAGCUUGUGGUGGAAAAAACUUGACGGGCACACUGUUCAACUUCUACUGUGCCAGAAGCCACCGAGCCCCAGUCCCGAGUUCCAGGUUUGGUGCGGGUUUUAUUAUCUGUCGACAUGCGUACCUUCGAGAUCUCUGUAGCAGCUUGUGCCCUUUUGGGACUUGCCAUCGCACAUGAUGAUCCUUUUGCCUUGCCUCUUUGCAAUGGUGUUGACAUCAAGGAUGCGACAAUCGACUCCUUACAGACAUGGAUGACUGAGGGCAGGUUGACAAGCCAGGACCUGGUGACCUGCUAUCUAGCAAGAAUCGAGCAAACAAACGGAUAUCUCGCUUCGAUCAGUGAAGUCAAUCCAGAUGCCCUCGAGAUUGCUGCUGCCUUGGACGAGGAGAGGGCGACCAAGGGCAUUCGCGGGCCAAUGCACGGCAUUCCAUUUGUGGUCAAAGACAAUAUGUACACCGACGACAAGCACAACACUAGCGAGGGUACUUUGGUGCUUCUCGGUGGCAGGUAUGUUGCCGAAGCGACCGUGGUCACCAAAGUUCGCAACGCUGGGGGUGUUCUAUUGGGCCAUAGCACCAUGUCCGAGGCCGCCGACCAUCGUGCAUUGUCCCAAUACGCCAGUGGCUACUCUAGUAGAACCGGACAAGGAAGGAAUCCUUACAAUCUCACGCAGUCGACGGCAGGCAGCAGUUCUGGAUCCGUCAUCGCAAUCAGAAGUAAUCAAGUUCCAGUUGCUCUUGGAACAGAAACCCACGGAUCACUGGUGCAUCCGUCAUGCCAACUAGGUCUCUACACGAUCAAGUCGACCCCAGGGUUGAUGUCGCGUUUCGGUAUUGUGACUGGCAGCUAUUAUCACGACACAGCUGGGCCCUUGGCUCGAAGUAUCAAGGACGCCGCUAUCCUACUCGACAUCAUGAAAGGUAUUGAUAGCCGCGAUAAUCUCACAUUCGAAGCUGCUGGAAAGUAUCCGACGGAUGGUUAUACUUCGCACGUGGUGGGUAAAGAUGCGCUUCGUGGUAUGAAGCUGGGCGUCCCAUGGGAAGCAUACUGGGCUUCGAACGGACACGUCAACUCCCCUGGCAAUCGAGAGCAGUUUGAAGAGACUUUCGCCACCCUGGAAGCAGCAGGUGCCGAGCUUUACAAUAUCACGGAUGUCAACCCAUUUGCCAAAGUCACAAACUCGUUCGGGGGAGGAAUGCCAGCAAGCACACCUCCAGAGCUCAACCACCUGAUCGCAUUCAGCACCCUCAUGUCAGUCGGCUAUGCCGAAUGGCUUCGAAAUUGGACGUUUCCCGAGGGUGAUGAACGCUAUGGCAUGAGCACGAUAGAGGAGAUGGUGGAAUGGAACAAGGCCAACAACGACACAACGGGUGCCCUGGGCAAUGGCACUUGGUGGUGGAACAACGUGACCGGACAAAGCUUUUACGACAACGCCGUUGCAACCAACGGCAGUAUGGGAUCCGAGUUCUGGACCGCCUUUGGCUGGGGUCGCUCCAUGGCUCGACAGGCCAUCGACAAUGCACACGCUUACCAGCUUGAGAAUGGCACCGUGAUCGCUCUCGAUGGUGUCCUCAUUCCCAACGGCCGUGAUGGCAACCAAGGCAACGCCUGUGCAAGUGUUCCAGCAUAUGCAGGUUAUCCUGUUGCCCAAGUCCCUAUUGGUAUGGACGGCUACUCGGUGCCCUUUGGUCUCUGCGUUUAUGGGCAUCAAUAUGGCGAGGCGAAAUUGGUAACAGUGGCCUCGGCCAUGGAGGACCUGUUUCAGUGGAACGAAGAGCCUAUGUGGUACAACUAUGACACUGCAGAAGGCCCAUGGGACGCUUUCUGGCCAGGCUAUACCUGCUCCCAAGCUAGUCUUGGGGAGUUUGGCUGUGAGCCAGCCUGAAAGAAUAGCGGAUGAUAAGUAAUACUCCUUGAUAGAGC